CCCCCAUAGCGCGGCCUCGCAGGCCCGGAGGCACCCCUCACUCUCGCACCCGCCUCCCGCCCUUACUAAGCAGGGCGCGCAACCAGGCCCCUCUCCACUGCCCACGCCCGGCUCCCACCACACCCCGUCACCGAGCAGGGAGGGCGGUCAGCGUCCUCUCUCACCCCCCGCCCCUCCGGCCCGCGCGCGCCCCCCGCCAGGGCGAGGUGGCCAAUGGGAGCCAGGCUCCCCGCCCCGCCUGCAGACCCGGCUGCUCCUGGCGGUCCCGGAGGCUGCGCGGAGAUCUGGAGCUUCGGCCAAGGCAUCAGCACACUAAGGAAGAGACCGAGAUGAAUGUGGAGCCCAAGAGGAAGUUUGGCGUGGUGGUGGUUGGCGUUGGCAGAGCCGGCUCCGUGCGGAUGAGGGACCUGCGGAACCCGCACGCCUCCUCAGCAUUCCUGAACCUGGUUGGCUUCGUGUCCAGACGCAAUCUCGGGACCCUUGAUGAAGUCCCGCAGAUUUCUUUGGAAGAUGCUCUUUCCAGCCAAGAGGUCGAGGUUGCCUAUAUCUGCAGUGAGAGCUCCAGCCAUGAGGACUACAUCAGGCAGUUCCUUGAGGCCAGCAAGCAUGUCCUUGUGGAAUACCCCAUGACUCUGUCCAGGGCAGCAGCUCAGGAACUCUGGGAGCUGGCCGAGCAGAAAGGAAAAAUCCUACAUGAGGAACAUGUUGAACUCUUGAUGGAGGAGUUUGCAUUCCUGAAAAAAGAAGUGGUGGGAAAAGACCUCCUGAAAGGAUCUCUUCUCUUCACAGCCAGCCCCCUGGAAGAAGAAUGGUUUGGCUUCCCCGCAUUCAGUGGCAUCUCGCGCCUGACCUGGCUGGUCUCCCUUUUUGGGGAGCUCUCUCUCGUGUCUGCAACUUUGGAAGAGCGCAAGGAGGAUCGGUAUGUCAAAAUGACCGUGGGCUUGGAGACGGAGAACAAAAGCCCGCUGACCUGGACUGAGGAGAAAGGGCCCGGCCUGAAACGAAACAGACAUUUAAGCUUCCACUUCAAAUCUGGGUCCCUAGAGAAUGUGCCCAAUGUUGGCAUCAAUAAGAACAUUUUCCUGAAGGAUCAAAAUAUAUUUGUCCAAAAACUCUUGGGCCAGUUCUCCGAGAAGGACCUGGCUGCCGAAAAGAAGCGCAUCCUGCACUGCCUGGGGCUUGCCGAAGAAAUCCAGAAACGCUGCCGCCCAAAGAAGUGAGACAGGGAAGCAAUGCUUCCAAGACGGGACCAGAGUUUUGUUUCCAUUAGACUUGACCUUUCUCUCUAUUCUUACAAUUAAACCAGUUUUCUUGGGUAAACAGGA